GAAGAUCGGGGAAGUAAUAGAACGAUAAAAAUAUCUUGGCUAUUUGUUUCACAGUUCCUGUUGUUUCAACAUUUACAAGAGAAUGUUUCCGUUAAUAGUGUUCUGGGGCCACUUUAUUUUGUUAUUUAUUUUUUAUUCUUGACUGGACAAAAAACGGAGUGGUUUGGGACAAACAAGUUGAGCGGUUCACAAAUAUGCUAUAGCCGCCCCACUGUUACACAGUCUGCUAAUAUAAGACAUGCAUGAUGUCGGAUCACCACACUGGGCUGAUGUACUACUCUGGUUGAGAAUGUUAAUUGUUGUCCUUUUUCCCUUACACUAAAUCAAGAAGUGUUUCUACCUCUGGAACAUGGGAAAGAAAUAUAGAAGCAUUUUUCUUCUCUUGUUAAGCAACUAAAGGCCAACCAGUGAAAACCACAGGUCGUUGCCUUGCUUUUCACAACCUGAACUCAUUGACUCCUCCACAAUUUGAUUUUUUUUUUUUUACAAAGAUGUUAAUUUAACUCUUUGUAAUGACUGACUGCAUAUUCUAGAAAUGGUAAAUUGACCUCAGCGAAUGGAGCUCAUCUAUAGAUUCUUUUUAAGCCUAAUGUAGAAAUGCUUUUAAUGAAAAUAAUAGUAGAUCUUAUCAUUUAGAUGUCAAUUAGGCAUUUCAUGGAAGCUCACAUUUAGAAAAUACUUCCGAAAAAGGAACGUAGUUUGUGUUGCUCACUUUUAGUGUAGAAUUAAGAUAUAAGCGUUUAUGUUGGUGGUUCUAAUACACUUGGUAUGCAUUCUUUGUGGUUAAGGUAGGUCUGUUAUGUAUUUCUAUCCUUGUGGAGGCAUAACUAUCUGGAGGACGUUCGCGGUCUCUUUAAGUGUAGUCCGGCCCCUAUCCUCUCGCAAAUUGUCAUCUCACUUGUGAAAAGUAGACUUCGGCAAAAGUUAGUCCACUUGCUCAGUUAACGGAUGUGGUCAGUGCGUCGUAUUUGCGUUGCCUAUUACAUUUCUUCUGGAUAUUCUAGGAUUGUGCUUAUUUUUCUCCUCUGUACAGACCUACAUUAAAAACAAUGUGCAUGACGAUGUGCGUUUGUCCCUGCUAAUCGGAGUACGCAGUGAUAGGCGCACUGUAACUGCGUCUCUCCUGUUAUGUGCUUUUAUGGACUUCAAACGAACGUCAAGUACGUUCCUAAUGGAUGCAUAUGUUUUUGUAUUGACAUUUUGACUGCCUAUGUCGUUGGAUGACCACCUCAUGGAUAUCCCUGAGUUUUAGGUGAAGUUUGGGCUAUGUAUUCAUCAGGAUGGGUGCGAACAAUGGGAAGCACAGUGAGAGUGAGGGUAAGGGAAGUUCCAGCGUCUCCUCCGACGUGAGCUCCAGCACAGAUCACACACCAACCAAACCUCCCAAGAAUGCAGCUACCAGCGAAGACUCUGACCUCAGCAUGCGGACCCUGAGUACCCCCAGUCCUGCUCUGAUUCUCGCUCCACAGACCAUUCUUUCUCACCAUGGCAACCACUCCAGCUCUUCUGUCUCUGGGGAAACGGUUGCCCUCGUGCACCCUUCUCCCGGACACCAUCCCCUUGCCCCCGUCGACCUCCUCCCAGACAACACCCUCCUUCAGAUGUUUUCCCACCUGUCCACCAACCAGCUGUGUCGAUGCGCUCGAGUCUGCCGCCGCUGGUACAACCUGGCCUGGGACCCUCGUCUUUGGAGCACCGUCCGGCUGGGAGGAGAACUGGUCCACGCGGACCGCGCCCUGCGAGUGCUCACGCACAGACUGUGCCAGGACACGCCCAACGUGUGCCUGACCCUGGAGACGGUGGUGGUCAGCGGCUGCCGUCGGCUCACUGACCGAGGCCUCCACACGGUGGCGCUGUGCUGCCCAGAGCUGCGCCACCUAGAGGUGGCUGGAUGCUACAACGUCUCGAAUGAGGCUGUGUUCGAGGUCGUAUCCCGCUGCCCCAACCUGGAGCACCUUGAUGUGUCGGGUUGCACCAAGGUCACCUGUAUCAGUCUGGCUCAAGAUUCCCCUAUGACUCCCCUGUCUCCUCAACAUUGCCAGCAGAUCGCCAUCCGUUACCUGGACAUGACCGACUGCUUCUCACUGGAGGAUGAAGGCGUGCGCACCAUCGCCUCCCACUGCCCGCGUCUCACCCACCUCUACCUGCGCCGCUGCCAGCGUCUGACGGAUGAGGCCCUCCGGCAGUUGGCACUGCACUGUCCAGCUAUCCGCGAGCUCAGCCUUAGCGACUGUCGACUGGUGAGUGACUUUGGACUCCGCGAGGUGGCACGCCUGGAGGGCCGUCUCCGCUACCUGAGCGUGGCACACUGCUGCCGUAUCACUGACGUGGGCGUGCGCUAUGUGGCCCGCUACUGCCCGCGGCUGCGCUACCUGAACGCCCGGGGCUGUGAGGGGCUGACGGAUCACGGACUGGGCCACCUGGCACGCAGUUGCCCGAAGCUGCGUUCGCUGGAUGUUGGCAAAUGCCCACUGGUGUCAGACUUAGGGCUAGAACAGCUGGCGCGGAGCUGCCCGGGCCUGCGGAGGCUGAGCCUGCGGGCGUGCGAGAGUGUGUCCGGGCGAGGGCUGCGCGUACUGGCCACCCACUGCCCCGAGCUGCAGCUGCUCAACGUGCAGGAGUGCGAGGUCCCUGCGGAGGCACUUCGGGUGGUGAGACGGCAUUGCCGGCGCUGUGUCAUCGAACACACUAUCCCUGCCUUCUACUGAGGGUGGGGGGAGGGGAACACACUAUCCCUGCCUUCUACUGAGGGUGGGGGGAGGGGCGUGGGCGGGGGACACACACAUUCUCAUCAUUGACAAAUGGAGUUAUUUUUUCUCCCUGCAUAUUUUUGUUGAUGUUGUUGACUAAGAUAAGACAAUAAUAGAAACUAAGGUCAAACUUUAUAUGGUGCAAUAUUUGCAUUUUAAUAAAGCGAUUGCUGUCCUUUCCACCUGUUAUACAAAGAAUAUUCAGUGUUGGUGUAUUUAUGAAGAGGGAUAUUCUUUUUAAUGCCAUGAAUUCAGAUACUUUGUAAGCUGUUAUGAUAUCAUAUUAUUAAUAUUUACCGCCUAAACAUUAUGGGGUGAGCAUUUGCACUUUAUAUGCAUCAUAGACAUUUUUGUAUCAGUUACUUUUCCAGGUGAAGGUAUUAAGAGGUUUCUGCCAGAUAAUUGAUCAGUUGAUAAAUGUGAUGCUGCUAUGUUUUUUCUAUAUAAAGGGUUGUUUUGUAAUGCUCUAAUGGAUGUGUUUUAGUAUUAAGCUCUAAAAUGGAAGCACUUUUUUUUAUUAAAAACGAAAAGCUA